CGGUUGUCCAAUACAAUACGGAGUAAAAGCAAAUGGUAUGAUAUGGCAAGGUGGCCAAUUCGCUGAAAGUGUCCACCACUCCUCCAUUUCCGUCACUUUUCUGUUAAGAUGUGGACCAAAAUGACACUACAAAAUAAAUGAUACCGGUGUUCUUACACCUAAUCUCAGAGUACUCACACGUACUUUAUUCACAUCUAAUUCUGGAUUUUAGUGACAUUCCUUGUACGGAGUAUAAGCUAGCUGUAAUCGGAUUUCUGGUUUAGUGAUCCUCGUUCCUCACACAUUUCUGUAGUUUAGGGUUUGUGUUUUGUGUUCUUGCUGUCGAAAUCCCAGUGCAGUAGUAGCAUCCCGUGAGAAUGAUCUGAAGAAAGAUAUCACCUUUCUGUUCGUCUUCCCGGAAAAAGAGCACAUUCUCAAGAAAGAUUCAAUCUUGGUACAAUAUAGAUACUAGGGAUCAUUAUAAUAAUAAUAAUAGAACAAUACGGUGUUAUAAAGAGAGACUAUGAUGGUUCUAUUUGGGAGCCCAGGGACGGUGAGUGGGCUGUUUUUGAGGAUAGGACAGUGUGGGUUCGCUGCUGCGUCUAUUGCGGUUAUGGCUUCUGCUUCUGGUUUCUCCGCUGCCACUGCUUUCUGCUAUUUGAUUGCUUCAAUGGGGCUUCAAGUGUUAUGGAGCUUUGCACUUGCGUGUCUUGAUAUUCAUGCUUUGCGGUUGAAAAGAGAUAUGCAAAAUCAUGUUUUACUGAGCCUGUUCGUUGUUGGUGAUUGGGUGACAGCGACACUAUCGCUGGCAGCAGCAUGCGCAUCAGCUGGAGUGGCAAUCUUGUUCGACAGGGACACAACCAUCUGCCAAAGAAUGGAAAAGCUGUCGUGCACCAUGUUUCAAAUAUCAAUAGCUAUGGCAUUCUUCGCCUGGUUUCUUCUCUCCCUCUCUUCAUAUGUCAUGUUCUUGCUCGUUGCUAGUGCUGCAUCUCAGCAUUAGAAUGAUUCAUGCACUAUGGAGUGAUUCCUACCUCUCUUUCCAUCAGUUAUCAAGCCAUUUUUAUUGUUCUAGCUCAAUGUGAAUAUAUAUUAUACUACAUGCAUUUCGGUAACAAUGUAUAGACAUUAACGUAUUUUAUGAAGUUUUUGACAGUAUAGUAUAUAUGUUUCCCUUU